AUGCCUAAGAAGCUUAUGCUAGCCGUUGCUCAAUCUCGCACUUUGGCAACGACAUCGGCUACCCUCGAAGCUCUAGAUAGAACCGCUCGCCAUGCAGCAACACGCGGUGUAAACGUGCUUCUCUUCCCCGAAGCAUAUCUUGGUGGUUAUCCGCGUACAUGUGACUUUGGAACUGCAAUUGGCCACCGUGACCCUGCCGGCAGAGACCAGUUUCUGAAAUACUUCAAUUCGGCAAUUGAUUUAGGUGACACUCCUGCUGGCGCUGGGGACGACUGGGUGGAAAGGAAAUUGUCGACCGCAAAGGGGAAGGAUUUUCGUGGCGAUGGCACGAGAGAGUUUCUCGAGAAAGUCUCCUACUCAACGGGUGUUUUCAUUGCUGUUGGCCUCAUCGAGAAGGCGGGUGGUAGUUUGUAUUGUGCUGUGCUAUAUGUUGAUCCAAAGCGAGGAGUGCUUGGGAAAAGGAGGAAGGUUAUGCCAACUGCCGCAGAACGACUAAUCUGGGCACAAGGAGCGCCAUCAUCCCUGAAGGCUGUCACUACGGAAAUAAAUGGCGUAGUCCUGACUAUCGCAGCCGCUAUAUGCUGGGAAAACUACAUGCCUCUUCUGCGUCAAAGCCUGUACUCGCAAAAUGUCAACCUGUACCUCGCCCCAACUGCUGACGGACGCGAUACAUGGCUACCACUGAUGCGGACGGUAGCCAUUGAGGGCCGAGCCGUGGUGCUGUCCGCUAAUCAAUGUGUGCGUCAAAGCGAGCUCCCUGAUUGGGUUACUUCCGAUAAGUCACAAGAGAAAGAAAAAGCUGGCGAUAGUGGAUUACCAGUUGCAACACCGAGAGCGACAGGAAGGAAACUGUCGAUAACCACGACCGAAGGCCCUCAUGAAAUCGUCUGGCCGCAGUCUCCUAGUUCACAACUUCAUCCUGACAAACCACGAGAUCAAAUACACGCGAUUACUGCCAACGAUCCUUAUGUCUCUCAUGGUGGUUCAUGCAUAGUAGGUCCGUUGGGAGAAGUCAUUGGCGGACCUAUUUGGGAUGUCUGCACAGAGGAUAGCAGUGACUUUUCUUCCUCUACGGGCUCUGCCGUUGGAUCUGGUCUUGUCAUUGCUGAAAUUGAUUUUGAGGAUUGCGAAAGAGGGAGGCUUGACUUGGAUGUUGCCGGUAGUUACUCACGCAACGAUUCCUUUAAGCUUACUGUCGAAGGGUUGGAUUUGAAUCCACCGCCUUAUUAA